AAGUCCGAGUUACAUUACCAAGUUUCUCUCCUCAGAAAAUAAACACAGACCAGCUCCGUGAAAUGUUUGGUUCUCUGUCACCAUUAUCCAUUAACACAGAAGAACAUGGCGACACAAUGAAGUCACCAGAAACUGUAUCGUCUCCUCCAGUCAAACCACUGCUUGAUGAGCCACGACACAUCGCCACCAUAGGCACUUGGUAUGGAAACGGACUACGCAGUGUUAGAUGUCUCAAUGAAGAUCAAGUCUGGACAUGUGGUGAUAACAAAACCAUGAAGCUCCUCAACCUCCAUGUUAACAAAAUCAUGGAGUUCCUUAACCUCCAAAGUAAACUACUGACAUCAAUACAAACUGAGUCAGGAAACAGACCACGGGACAUAGCAGUGACACGGAACGGAGAUCUUGUUUAUACUGACUAUAACACUGUAAACAUUGUUAAGAAUAAACAGAUACAGACCGUGAUCACACUACAGGGGUGGGGACCUCGCUAUGUCUGCAUUACCGCCUCCGAUGAUCUACUCGUUACCAUGAUCAGUGAUGAUAAAACACAAUCCAAAGUUGUGCGUUACUCUGGCUCCACAGAGAAACAAAGCAUUCAGUUUGAUGAUCAGGGUCAUCCUCUCUAUUCAUCUGAUUGUCACUAUAAAUACAUUAGUGAGAACAGGAACCUGGAUAUCUGUGUGGCUGACGGGUCAGCUAGUGCAGUAGUGGUGGUCAAUCAGUCAGGAAAGCUCCGAUUCAGAUACACUGGUCAUCCCUCUAAUACCGAGCAAUCAUUUUAUCCAGUCGGCAUCACUACAGACAGCCAGAGUCACAUCUUGACAGCAGACUUUUACAAUGACUGUAUCCACAUCCUAGAUCAGGACGGACAGUUCCUUCGUUACAUUCACUGUGAUUUACGCGAUCCAUGGGGUUUAUGUGUGGACAUCAGAGACAACCUCGUUGUGGCUGAGUGUGUCACUGCUAAAGUUAAGAAAAUCCAAUAUCUAUAAGCACAGUGUUAAUUACACAUCUCAACACUCUGUUAAUUACAUCUACCAACACAGUGUUAAUUACAGCUCUGUGUAGAUUACAGAUAUUACACCGUGUUAAUUACAGCUCUAUGUAGAUUACAGAUAUUACACCAUGUUAAUUACAGCUCUGUGUAGAUUACAGAUAUUAAACAGUGUUAAUUACAUCUACAAAACUCUGUCAAUUACACAUCUAAACACUGUUAAUUACAUUUCUGUGUGUUAAUUACAGUCCUGUGUUAAUUACAGCAGUGUUUGUGAUGUGUAACUAACCUGUGUAUUGACACAAAGCAGAUUUGUGGUUGUUUGUGUCUGAACAUUAUUCUGUUUGUUUAUUAUAUCUUUUCAUAUCUGUUUUAUCUUUGAAUGUAUAUAUAGAUUCUAGAUAAACAUUAUCUAGA